CCACCUGAAAACACCUGAAACUCUGGGCUCCUCUCGGCUGCAGCUUCACUCUCUGGUUCAAAUCAAACGUUGAGCUUCGUGGGUUCUCUCAGGCUUCAGGACUUUUUCUCUCCAGACGCAGCAAAGAGUCGAUGAUGGACAAAGUGUCGCAGAACAUUUCCUCCUUGUUGCUGAUCGUCGGAGCCGUGACGGCACAGACAGGUCAGCAUCGGGCUGACGAGCGCCUCCUGCCUCAGUGGCUCACCGGCAUCAUCGCGGUCGCUGCUUUCCUCUUCCUGUCGUUCGUGGCGCUGCUGGUGAAGAAGGCCUGGUUUGAAAAGUCCACUGGGACGAAGUCUGAGAGAGAAUCUGAACUGGUCCUGACCAACGAGCACACGUCUGUCCCAAGCCGGGACGUGGUCAGGAGCAAAGACGUCAACGUGCUCGACUUCCUGGAGAUCGACAGCUGUGCUGACAGAGUCACUCCCAUGUGACCGACCUCAACGAUCCUAUUGGCUCUCGUAACGUCCUCAACUCGUAGACAGAAAACACACGUUGUCUCUAGGACAUUAUGUAUUAUAUAUUAUAUAAAACAAAACGUUCCUGUGAAGAAUCUGUGAUUUGUUAUCAUUCCUCGUUUCCCUGAAGGAAAUGUUUCAUAUAAAAUGCAAUGUGAUCCGUCAUGUGAUCCGUCAUGUGAUCCGUCAUGUGAUCCGUCAUGUGAUCUGUCAUGUGAGCCGUCAUGUGAUCCGUCAUGUGAUCUGUCAUGUGAUCUGUCAUGUGAUCCGUCAUGUGAUCUGUGUGCUGACUAAUAAAUGAUUAAGAGACAAAGUGCAGUGUCAGCUCAUUAAUCACCAGUGGAAUAUGAACCAGACUGUAAAUUAUUUAACUCGAUGCUU